GAAGUAACCCGGCAGUUCCAGCGGCGUGGCCCGGAUGCUGCGCGGCGUGUUUCCGGCCACCUCAGUAGUAGAGGCCAGUCAGAGGGGGCAGCAGGCGGGGCGGGCGCGGGGCCGGGCGGCGGCUCCCGGGUUGGAGCGGCGCAGACAUGGUGCUGCUGACUAUGAUCGCGCGGGUGGCGGACGGGCUCCCCCUGGCCGCCUCCAUGCAGGAGGAUGAGCAGUCAGGUCGGGACCUCCAGCAGUACCAGAGCCAAGCUAAACAGCUUUUCCGGAAGUUGAAUGAACAGUCGCCUACCAGAUGCACCCUAGAAGCAGGAUCCAUGGCUUUCCACUAUGUUAUUGAGAAAGGGGUGUGUUACCUGGUGUUGUGUGAGGCCACCUUCCCCAAGAAGCUGGCCUUUGCAUAUCUGGAGGAUUUGCAUUCCGAGUUCGAUGAACAGCAUGGAAAGAAGGUGCCGACGGUCUCCAGGCCUUAUUCCUUCAUUGAGUUUGACACUUACAUCCAGAAAACCAAAAAACUCUACAUCGACAGCCGGGCAAGAAGGAACCUAGGCUCCAUCAAUACAGAGUUACAGGAUGUGCAGAGAAUCAUGGUGGCCAACAUUGAAGAAGUCUUACAGCGAGGAGAGGCCCUCUCAGCUUUGGAUUCCAAGGCCAACAACUUGUCCAGUUUGUCCAAGAAGUACCGUCAGGAUGCAAAGUAUCUUAACAUGCGUUCCACCUAUGCCAAACUGGCAGCUGUAGCUGUGUUUUUUAUCAUGUUAAUAGUCUAUGUGAGGUUCUGGUGGCUGUGAGAUGUUGGCAGUCACUGGAGAGGGAGAUCCUGUAGCAUGGCAGGUGUACAUGUGCAGCACACUUUGUUCACAGGGAUGUGCAUUAGAAUCCACACAGGACUGUCACUUUUAAGAGUGUAUCUUGAAAAUGAUACCUGAGUACUACACUGCUUAGUGAAUCUUAAUCAUAGGUAUAAGUCUUCUUUGUGGACUAGAGGCUUUUCCUAUGAGGCACUAAACACUAGGGACUCUGUAGAGUGUGGCCUCCCAGUGUACUAAACUCAUUAACAAUGCUGUUUGAUGUGUCCUGGAGCAGUUAAUCAGUGAAGUUUAUCCUAAUCAGGUGGUACUGGCAACAGUCACUUCUUCCUCCCUUUUAAAGAAAUGGACUCUAAUGAACAUUCCUUGUAUCAGCAAUGUUUGCUUUUCUAGAAUCUGGGUCUGCAUUUGCUUUUUUAAAACAAGGCUCCCUUGUUUGAAGGCUGAUUCUGCACUGUACAUAUUGUAAUGGCUUUCACCCUUGUCAAACUAGCUAUUGUUGGGUUUUCAUUGUCUGACAUCUUUGCUUGUUAAAUUUUCAGUUGCUUUAGGAAUAAAUGGAUAUUAAAUUAUGCCUUAAAAUUACAUUAUAUUUAGUCUUAAGAGAGACAGUGAAAGGCUACUAUCACUGACUUCUACAAAAUUAAACUACUAGUUUGUAAAUUUUACUUUCCUGGUAGUUGUGUAUAAGAGCUUGUUUUAACGUGACUCGGAAGAGUCUGUUGGUGUAAUUAAAAAGGCACUGGCCCAGGCA